UUCCAAUCACACCUCGUGGUAUCUCCGAUAUCACCCUUACAGUGGCCAUGCUUAUUUGACCUUUGCAGACCUUCAUUCUUCGAUACAUACGAAUAUUACGUCCACUCCUCUGACCUGACAACAAAGUAUCUCAAAAUUUUAAAUACUAUGAACGUCGCUGUCGAUUCAGUAAAGUUCCAGCUCGUGUCUGAUCUCCAUCUUGAAACCCCGCAAGCAAGGCCGACAUACGAGGACUUCAAAAUCCAGCCAGAAUGUCAGUAUCUGGCUCUUCUUGGUGACAUCGGAAGUAUAUGGGACCCUCGGCUGUUUAGUUUUCUUGAAGACCAGCUGAGAAAGUUCGAAAUUGUCUUCUACAUCCUGGGAAACCACGAGGCAUAUGGAACGACCGUGCUGGUAGCCCGAACAACUGCUCGUGCUUUUGAACAUGAAAUAGAAGAGCUCCGCUCAUUACCAGGAUCGACUAUGGGGCGAUUUAUAUUUCUGGAUCAGACAAGAUUUGAUCUCACGGAUUCCAUGACCGUGCUGGGGUGUACUCUUUUCUCGCGCAUCUCCAACGAACAGCGAGAAUCCGCGGCGCUCUUCUGCUCGGAUUUCUCCGAGAUAAAAGAUUGGACGGUUGAUGCUCACAAUUCUGCACACCAGUCUGAUAUCGGCUGGUUGAAUUCGCAAAUCGAGAAUAUCGCACGAUACGAGCCGCAUCGCAAGAUUGUGGUCUUCACUCACCACAGCCCGACAAUGCUUGAGGCAGCCAAUGAUCCUAGACAGCUGCAAGAUGUUGGUCAGGUGCGGUCUGCGUUCGUCACAGAUCUCUCUGAUCAGGUAUGCUGGACUAGCGCGAAUGUCAUGCUCUGGGCGUUUGGACACACUCAUUUUAAUUGCGAUUUCGUGGAUCUGGGAACGAAGAAGCGAGUUGUGGCAAAUCAGAAAGGCUAUCGUAGGUCUGAAUUGGAGACAUUUGACGCGUCGAAAGUGGUCAAGGUCGAAACAUUGCUCGAUUCAGAGGCAAAAGGUCAAAGAUAAGUGGAAUCCAGAAGGAAAUUCGGUCAUCACUCCGAGAGACAUGUCUUCAUUGGAGUCAGUGGAUUGAAGGACGGCAUUUAAAUUGAACAAAUAUUCUAAGGCCAAUUUCGUAAGAAGCCUAGGUCAGCCGUUAGAAGGUUAUGAUCUCUUGGCGAUCCAGACUUGCAGGAGGCCCCACGAAUGGCAGGUGGCCACGAGGAAAUAGACUUGUUACAGGUGGCAGGCAUGAGGCUAUUUUUGGUAUUUAUAUUUGAACGAGACAUUGCUACAGAAAUACAAGAAAAUAUCCACGGUGGAAUGCUACAAAACAGUUUGUUGGCUGCCUGUUAUCCGCAGGCGGCGCCAGCACC